UUUUAUACAAUUGUUAAAAAACUUGCAAGUGUUAUCUGAAGAACACUUGUUUGCUGAUUUCAAUUCUCCUAUAAAAGUACGUCGGCGCAAUUGUUUGACUAGCAGUUGUUUUCCGUUUUCAAACUCGAAAUCAUCAAGUUAUAAAAACAUGUUGUUCAGGCAUUCCUUCGUGUUCCUUUUUGGAGUUGUGCUAUUAAUCACUAUAGCUAUGACUCAAGCCCAGCCCCCAAUUGGGGGACCCACGCCCCCAACUAGGAGACCUACGCCACCAACUAGGAGACCAACGCCCCCAACUAGGAGACCAACGCCUCCAACUAGGAGACCAACGCCCCCAACCAGGAGACCUACGCCUCCAACUAGGAGACCAACGCGCCCAACUAGAAGACCCACGCCACCAAUUAUAACCACAUAGUAGUAUACAUAAAAAAAUUUAAUUUUCUAAGAGCCAAUUUGCGC